UUUACAAUUGAGGGAUGUAAUUUUAUUGGUCGAGAUAUUUAUUACAAGUACAGUAAUUGUUUUUAAAUUAAACAAGUAUUUAAAUCAAUUUCAGAUUUCAAGUGUGAUCCAAUUGCUGAGUGUUAUAUAUAUUCAACAGUAGUUGUUUGUUUUUGUUCUUUUGUUUUAUCAAGCUUGUGUUACCACUAGAAACCAGUCCAGCAAAUAAUAUUAUUUUAUGCGUGUAAUAAAAUUGAACUGAUAAAAACAAUUGAAAACACAUGAAUUGUGUAUAAUUAUAAAACAAAUAACGUUCAUCAUCAUCAUAAGUAAAAUUAAAAAAUUGUAAUGCAAAAUUAUCAUCAAAAAAUGAAUUCCAGGCGACGUACUUCCAGGGACACUUCAGCGAGUUAUAGAAUGAUGAUUUUUCCUUGUCGUACAAUGGAUUUAUGGACUUUUGAAUUUUUUUACACAAUAUUUCAAUGGGAAACUGACUGGUUUGAUAAUCCAAAAAACCAUUUAACCAGUGAAAAAUCAUUGAGAGAAAUUCUUGGUGAUAAUUGUCCUCUUGACUUGAAUUCAACGUUAUUGUGUUAUAACAGCACAAAAGAUUAUUAUGAAACGAUGAAGCCGUUGAUGAUGCAUGAAUUUUUUCAUGGUUUGUUAAAAGAUACUGAUGACGAGGAUGAUCCUGGUGAUAGUAAAAAUUCAAAUAGAGCAAAAUCAAUCAUCGGCAGUAUUGAGAGCAUCCAAGAAACAUCUGGAGAUUGUUCUUCAACUAAAAAACUGUUGGUAAUUAGAAUGAAAAUAUCUUACGAUUAUGAUAAAUGGAGAGAUCCAACAAAACCACCACCUGACACUCCGCAACGUGGUGAUUUAGUCCAUGUAAUCUACAAUGGCAGAAGAAAAGUAUUUGGAUACAUUGAUGACAUGGAUUGGAAACAUCAAGAUUGUACUUUAACAACAAGACAAAUAAAUACUAAUCAUUUAAAUAGAAAUUUAAAAUUAAAAACUGUUAAAUCAAUUCAACAAGAUUUACGUAAAUUACGUGCUCUUCAAGAGCUACCAGAAUCAUCAUUAUUUAAUGCAAUAAUGAAACCAAAUGAAUUGGAUUAUACAAUUAGAAAAGCUGGCAUUGAAUCCAUAUCACGUUUAAAAUUAAAACAAAAAAAACUAAAUUGAAAUUAAAUAAUCGAGAAAAAAUUCUUCCACUUCGUGAAAAAAAUACAAAUUUAGCCAUGGAGAAUUUGUUGAUUAAGCUUGUAUUAAAUCCAACUGAAAAAAAUGAUGAAGAAGAAAAAUUAUUUACAGCUGAUGAGAUCUCAAAAAUCGAAAUAAUUUUUAAAAAAAUUGUUGACUUGUCUGAAUUGUAUUAUCAAUGGCGAAGUAUUGAAGUUAACACAGUAGAUGGUUUUCAAGGGAGAGAACAAGACAUUAUAAUGGCAAAAUUAUAGGGCAUUGGUUUUGUUGCGUAAUGCACUCCAUCGGGUGGACAAAGCACCGUCAGGAUGACAACGUUGAUCUCGGUGAUUGGACAUCACCGGUGCCCGUGUCUGUAAGCCCAAUCUGUGUACUGACCUUGUGUGAAAACCUCGUGUUUAAAGGCCUCAAGCGUAUCAUAUACUUUCGUAUCUACCAUACAGUCAGUACACAUUUGUCAGUACACAUUUUUAACUUGUAUAUAUAGAACGAAAGUCCUACAUCACCACAUGUGAGAAAUAAUCUGUCGUUUCAUGCAGAUCGCCACCUAGCAGCGAUAAAAAAAGUACACGUCAAACAUUUUACAGAUAUAAUUUAUUUAAAUGAAAAUAUAUAUGUUGGAUAUUUAAAAAAAUAUAUCAUGUUGUCAUUAAAAUUCAGUUUUUAAUUCAUCAAAUGCAAUCAUCUGUAAUAAAUAUUUUACAUUAAUUAAUGCACACACCACACACAAACAAUUAAAUAUGUAUGUGUUUGUAAAGAUUUUUGUGUUUAUGCAUAUUUGUUUUUUAAGCGCCAGCUAUUUUGGAUUGUUUUGGAUUAAAAAAUUAUUGAGAGAGAAGAGAGAAGUGAGAGAGAUAGCCAAAGUUUAUAUACAUGCAUGCCCUAUAUAUAAAUACAAUAUAUCUCAGUACUCUUGACUCAGCGGACUCAGCGUCUCUAUUAGACUCUAUUUGUUGUAUAAUUUUUAUUAAUAACAAUAAAUAAAAUAAAAUAUAACAAUAAUAAUAAAUUAAAAAUGGCAAACAAAGAGACCAAUGAUGAUACAACUAUGAGUGAUGAAUUAAAAGAAAUAAAAAAAGAACUAAAUCUAGCACAAUUAGAUGCCGAUUUAGAGAAGAAAAA